ACAAAAAUCACACAUAGAGAAAAUACAUAUCCAGUGGAUACCAGGACACAUUGGGCUGAUUGGGAAUGAUAGAGCAGACUAUGCGGCUAAGAUGGGGACAACUAGAAUCACAGAGGAACAAAUAGGAUAUACUUUGACAGACAUGUUUAAUCUAUUUAAAAAUGAAACUUAUAGAAACUGGCAGGACCAAUAUGAAAUAAUUUCGAGAGAAAAAGGUAGAUUUCACUUUGAACACUCCAAAAUAAUAACCAAUAGACCAUGGUUUAGGGAACUGAAUUUGACAACUCUUGAAACAAUACAAAUUGGACGAAUAAGAACCGGACAUGUAGUGACUAAAGAAAAACUAGCAUCCUGGAACAUUGUCUCUAACCCACGUUGUGACCAUUGCGGGAACACAGAGGAUUUAGCUCACAUUUUAUAUGAUUGUCCUAAAUAUGAUACACAUAGAGAAAAAAUUCAAAUAUUAUAUAAUAAUAAACCAAUCAUUAAAAUUAUUCAAGACAGUAACCCCAGAGAAUACAAACAAAUAGUAGAAUACCUAAAUGAAAUUAACAAAAAUGUUUGAGUUAAAGUUAAAUAAAAUUGCGAAUGUAAUCGAUUCAUUGAUGGUACAUAAAUUUACUAAAGGGGCAUCAGUUUUCGGUCGUCCCGUAUGAGUAAUUUUUAAACCCUCAAAUUCCACAAUCCUUGGCUUUAUGGACCAAGAGGUCUGAGCCAGAAACGGAGAGAAGAAAAAAAAAAUAUUACUUGGAGAUUUUUAUUAGAAUAAUUCUCUAAUUAUUAAAGAUUACACGUAUUUGAAUCCAUUGCUUCCAUAGUAGCUUCAAUUCAACUACCAAAUGCCCAAAAAAUGCGCCGUCGUCGGUUGUUCCACCAAUCGGUACCACUUCGAACAUGGCAUACGGUUCUAUCACGUCCCGCGGGAAGACGAGGAUCUGAAGAUACGUUGGUUGGGUGCGAUCGGUCGCAGCACCGAGUGGAAGAUUCCUACGGUUCCGAUUGUUUGCGAAAAGCACUUUGUCCACGAGGAGCAGCUUUCAGCACGCAAUUUGGCGCCAAACGUUGUCCCUACUUUGAACCUACCGUCGCCUGAAGGCGGGCAAUCAGGACAGUUGUCUCUCAAACAAGUCAAAUCUACCAAAACGAGCGUGAAACGCAAAACGAAAAGAACAACCAAAGAUCGGACUAUUCCGGAGCCGGAAGUAGUGUUGGUUCCGACGGUGGUGGCCAUUAGCAACGACUGUUACGAAAGUUGCUGUCGGUUCUGCUCGGAUAAGCUAAAGGUCACCGGUAGAUUGAGCGUGACCAGUUUGAGACAAUCUGGUCUGGUUCGCGAUGCGAUAUGGGAUUUAUGUUGGCCUUCAGAGAGUUUGAUUGCUGAGGAUGAUGGCUUCAGCAUAUGCAACGUAUGUUGGUUAAAAAUGCAGGAGUUUGACCAUUUUGUUAGAAUUUGUCACCAGCAGCAGGAAACAUUGCCAAGGAUUUCUGGGGCAAAAUCGGUGAAGGACGAACUGGUACAGGACCAGCCUUCAGAGUCAGAGUUGAGCCAUUCGGAAACCGGCAUUCUUUUCACCGAGCCCCAGAUCAGUAAUCCUGAAGAUGUAGAACAUACGUCGGUACUUCGUGUAGAACAAUCAAACUCGGAACUACCGUCCCUGGAAGGAUUGACUAUUGACGAAAUGCUCGAGGUACUGGAUAAGAUUCCCGUACCACGCAAAAAGUACAACCAACUAAACGAAGACGAGGAAUGUUGGGACUGUGGAAAAAUGUUCCCCAAUCGAAGCCAGAAGAAGGAACACCGAAAGACGUGUCCGGCUAUAGGAACGGCAGAAUCAUUGCGCCAUAAAAGUCAUGCGUGUGAAAUCUGUGCUAAGCAGUUUGACUCGCGUCAUGGGUAUCGGAUAGUUACAACAACACACGAGAAUCCGAAGUUCAGCUGCACGGAGUGUGAAUUUGUCUGUGAUAAACUCAAUCAGCUAGCGAGUCACAAGAAGAAGCAUAAAAGAAUGAAACGAGAACGAACAGGCACGAAAGGGAAAUCGAAAUGCAGCAUUUCGAUAGAGGAAGGUGAUCUUCAAGAUCAUCAGACAUCCGACAGCGUGGACAAACCCAAGUCCUAUUCCUAUGCUUCUUACUCGGACGGUUCCGACGAGAACGCGCAUACCAACGACGAGACUGAUUCGGUGGUACUUCACUGCUCGGAAUGUUCGUACACGUGCACGCGGCCAAUCCAGUUGGCCAGCCACAAGAAGAAGCACACCGGCUACCAGCACAAACGGGCCGAGUGGGAGGAGAAGAGAAAGGUGAAAGACAUCUACGAGUGUGAGUUUUGCGACUUUAAAUGCAAACUUCGGCGCCAGAUGGCGGGCCAUCGGGCGUCGCAUUCGGAGUUGAUCCGGCAGUCGAAACCAUCCGGCAAGGAGCGGGAGCACAUGUGCUCGAUUUGCGGAAAGAUCCUGUCGACGCGGGGAGCCUUCUUCGUGCACAUGAAGUACCACAACGACCAGCGGGACUACCCGUGCAAUCUCUGCGGUAAAAAGUUCUACUCCAAGCGAGACGUUACCAUGCACGUGGAGUCCCUGCACGAGAAAAAGGUCUACGAGUGCGAGAUUUGCGGCGUCAAGUGCACCUGGAAGAACGCCCUCAGCAAGCACAUGCGCAAGCAUGACUCCAAAUCGUACAAGCUGGAGUGCUCGUACUGUGGCAAGCGGUUUAUGGCCGCGAACGAGUUGCGGUUGCACGUUUGGAGGCACACGGGGCAACAGUUAUCGUGCGAUAUCUGCGGAGCUGGGUAUAGAUUCAACUUUCUGUUAACGCAGCACAAGAUCCGAGCGCAUGGAAUCGAGGUCGAAGGCGUGAAGCUGUAUAAUCGCUUCAAGAAGGAUAAAAUGAGCAGCGGUAAACGUACAUCACACAAAUCCAACCAACCUUCACACGACAGCGCUCCAACAGAAUGCAUACCAGAUGCCACAUCGUCAUCAGAAGCACACGAGCAGCCUACUAGACAGGCACCAGUGGAAGAUACGACAUCCUACCCCGCGAACGGAUCAACCGGCAACUAUUCACAUCUUAUGGUGCCAUCGUCACAUGUGGCCGCGCCCGGACUAGAUCCCCAUGUACCAGUGCCAUUUCAUCCUUUGGGGUCAGUGAUGGGUCAGUCAAUGCCACCCGAGGCAUCACAAAGUAACAUCUUCCAUCAGGUUGAUAAUUAUUGAAAACAAAAUCGAAGCGCCAAUAUACAGUUUUAUUGAAAAAUAUAAGUCUACGAUAUCAAAGCUUAUAUCUUCAUUCGAAA